UGCGCGUUGCUCCGUGGGAAAGCUCCGGCAGCAGAGGAUGAGGAGGAGGAUGAAGAGAGGGGACACAGCGGCCGUCAGCCCAGUCCGCCGCCGACACGCAGGCUCCCGCCGCGGGAAUACCGGAGACACUCCGCUGGAAGAUCCGCUCCGGAUCCGAGAGAGAGGUUCUGAUUCCUGAUUCUGGAAAACCUCCAGGACUCUUACGGGUUCGGGUCCAAACCCGGAAUGCCGGCUCCGGGUCUCCUCCGGCUGUGAGCCGGCUCUCCCCGGGGACUCCCGCCGGCUCUCCCCGCCGCCGGGCGCCAUGAAGCGGCCGUGUGAGGACAGCAGCCCGGCGGGCCGUGAGAGGCUUCCUGCGGGGGAUUCGGUCGGACGCGCGUCUCCAGCGGCGCAGCUGAUGGCGAGGAAGCGGCGCAGAGGGGUAGGUCGGCCGGCGCUUCGCCGCGUCCGGAGGCCCGGCGCCUCCGACGCUCCUUCAGUUUCCUGUCGGUUCCAGAUCAUCGAGAAGCGGCGCAGGGAUCGGAUCAACGGCAGCCUGUCGGAGUUACGGCGACUCGUCCCGACGGCCUGGGAGAAACAGGGUUCUGCUAACCUGGAGAAAGCCGAGAUCCUGCAGAUGACCGUGGAGCAUCUGAGGACGCUGCAGGCGGGAGGGACAGGUCAGCAGGAAGUGCUGGCGCUGGACUUCCUGUCUCUGGGCUUCAGGGAGUGUGUGAACGAAGCAUUCUGCUACCUGAGCACCGUGGAACCCCUGGACUCCUGCGAUGCGCUGCGGCGCCGCCUGCUGGCCCACCUCAGCUACUGCGCGGCCCAGCGGGACGCCGCCGCCAUGACAGCACGCCUGCAGCCCCGCCCUCCCCGUUACAGCCACUGGGUGGCGACGCUGCGCCCGGCGCCUUAUGGACCGGAUGGCGGCGGCGCCCCCCAGAGGCUGGUGGAGCUGCUGCAGCAUGAUGUGACCUCCAGCUCACCUUCACCUUCCUCCUCCUCUUCCUCCCUGCUGCCCCCCCCACUGUCUGCCCCCCUCUUCUCCUUCCCCGUCACUCUGCCCUUCCUCCCCUCCUCCUCUUCCUCACAGCCCCCCCACCCACCCUGGAGCUCUGAGGUGGGGGCCUUAUGACCUCUGACCCUGGCAGGACUUCCUGUCCAUUUCUGAUGCUCGACUCUCCGUUCUACAGAACCAGAACCAGAACCAGAACCAGAACCGCCUUCAUGUCCGUUUCACUGUAAAUCUAAAAUCUGUGAAAUUUCUCCUGAUAAAUUUCUGAACCAAAAUUCUGAACCUGGCUGAGAAAAAGUUCAAGUCCAGAUUAGAAACAACAAGAAUGAAAUUAUUACUCUAUCACCAAAGUUCAGUUUCUCAGUUCAGAGAAGUGGCUGCACAGACCAUCUGAAAGGUACGGUGGCCCAGAAGGGACGAAAUGCUAAAUGCGAUGCUAAAUCUUACUGUAUGCUAAAAUUAAAACUUAGCUAAAAUUGAAGUUAUGCUAAAAACACAACAAACUUUAUGCCAAAUCCGUCUUUGUAAUGAACUUCUGUUGAGGAUUUCUGCUGUUCUGCGUUUUGUUGAUCCUUCUGGGCCUCCGUAGAAAGUGGGUCACGUUUCAGACUGAAACCAGAGUGAAGGACGCUGCAGCCGUUUGAGUUUGUUAAAGAGUGGAAAUGUGGGCGGCCAUGCUGCGUCAUGGCGUGAGCGCCAGCGUUCCCACGCCGGUCUCUCCAGGCGCUCUGCUGGGAUCUGGGAUUUGCUCUCCUAUCCCAGGAAGAAGUGGCUGAAGCUCAAGGAGAGGAAGUCGAUCUUCUGCAGACAGGAAGUCAACGUCCGACGCCUGCUGCCUUCAAAGACCGUAGGAACUGUGAGCGCUCACGUCAUGCCCAGGACGCUGGAGCAGCGGGCCGGGUCCUUCACCAUGUAGAGGAAACCGCUUUACUGCACUGCUGCAAAAACACUUCCUGGGCCACAAACGUCCCAAAGGCGUCACAAU